CAACAACAACAACAAUCAUUAUUAUCAUCAAAUCGAUUAUUACAAUACAAAUUGUCACCAUCAUCAUUGUCAUCAUCGAAAUUGUUAUCCAUAAUGCCAACAACAAAAAAAUCAACAUUAACAAUGAUGUUGUCAACAAUCAUGUUGUUAAUGAUAAUGACAUUAACACCGAUAUCGAUUGUUCAUUCAUUGCCAAUUAAUGCUGUUGAUUCAUCAACAACAAAAUCAAUUCAUAAUGAUGAUAAUAAUGGUAGUAGCCAUACUAUUGAAACUAUUACCGAAUCAUCAAUUCCAUUACAUCGUUCUGUACGGCAAACAACCAUAAAACGAGAUGAAAAUCAAGUCAUUAUUAAUGAAAAUAAUGAUAAUGAUGUUGCCGAUAAUGUACGACCAUAUUUACAUUUUGAAAAUAUGUUACCCGAACAAAUUGUCAUUGAACAAGAUGAACAACAACAUUAUAUGCUUGAAUGUGAUGUACUUGGAACACCAAAUCCAAAAAUUUAUUGGCUUCGUAAUGGAAAAUUAAUUAAUCAACAAAAAAAUAUAAUGGAUUUUAAUGAAAAUAAUGAUAAUGAUGUUUCAUCAUCAUCAACAUUAUCAAUGCUUUUAUUAAAAAGUAGUAUACGGCCAUCAUCAACAGGUCAACUUGGAUUAUCGCGUGUUAAAUCACGAUUAUAUCUUGAUUGUUUGAAUCCUGUAAAAGAUUCGGGCGCCAUCUAUACAUGUGUUGCUGUCACAUCAUUUGAACAGAAACGAACUAAUACAAAAUUGAUUAUUGUUCCACGACGAUCAUCAUCAUCAUCAUCAAAUUCAAGAAAUGAUAAUGACAAAGAAAUGGAAUUAUUUGACAAUUCGUUGAUUGAAAAUUCAUUGAUUCCCGGUGCAUCAUUAUCAUCAUCAACAUCAACAGGAAAUUAUCAUAAAAUUAUUAAUAAUCAAUCUCCAAACAGUGGUAAUGAUCUUUCGUCUACCGUUUCAUGUUUGGAGAAAAAAUCACUAAAUUCACCAGCAAAAAUAUAUUUCUGGACACAAACACUGAUGGAAAACAUGGGCAAUAAUGUCAUUAUACAUUGUCGGGCAAUGGGUUUUCCAAAACCACGAAUCAAUUGGUUUGUCAAUGGACAAUUAACACCAAUCGACGAAUCAUCAAUGAAUGGCAAAUAUCAAGUAUUACCUAAUGGUGAUCUAAUCAUUCAUAAUACUACAUUUGAUGAUAUGGGUGUUUAUCAAUGUACGGCAUCCAAUGAAUUUGGUACCGAUUCAAUUGAUGAGAUUUUUUUCUAUCCAACAAUGAAAGAAUAAUUAUUAUCAAUAAUGAAAGGAUUGACAAAAAAAAUCAAUUUCAAAAUUAUUAUUCUUACGAUAAUACGUAUAAUGCACUAUAGAUCAACAACAAAACAAACAAGACAUAGAACAAUGGACCAUGCAAUGAAU